CUUGACUCCCACAGCACCGAGUAAAAGACGACACGCAGACAUCAGGAAUUACAGAAUUAAGUAGUUUCUUCCUAAGUCUGAAACGUUUUUUAAAUCUCACUGGGGCACUUGGAGAGCUCAGACUUCUGAGAGCUUGUGGGAGAGGUGAGGUUUCACCGUGCACUUGCUCAUCUGGCGCUGUGAAAUCUCUUGCCCCUUGGUAGCUCCAACUUUGUGAGCUCAGCCUGGGUCACGUCUCCAAGCUGGUUUGUUCCUACUGCCAGAAGCGUUGGUAUGGAGCCCCUCAACCUGCCUAAGGCAAAGAGAUCGGGGCUGGUUCGGCUUAGCUCAGCUGCAUGAAAUAUGGGAGACGACAGGCCGUUUGUGUGCAAUGCCCCCGGCUGUGGACAGAGGUUUACAAACGAGGACCACCUGGCGGUUCAUAAACACAAGCAUGAGAUGACAUUGAAAUUCGGCCCUGCUCGAACUGACUCAGUCAUCAUAGCAGAUCAGACUCCGACCCCAACUCGGUUCCUGAAGAACUGUGAAGAAGUGGGACUCUUCAAUGAACUGGCCAGUUCCUUUGAGCACGAGUUCAAGAAAGCUGCGGAGGAUGACGAGAAAAAGAGUGCCGGAGCCCUGGACAUGUCUCUGCCCUCCACCCCAGACAUCAAGAUAAAGGAGGAAGAGCCAGUGGAGGUGGAUUCUUCCCCGCCAGACAGCCCUGCCUCCAACCCACGGUCACCACAGAACAAGGAGAAGGAGAUCCCCUCCAAGCCUGUAAUCAUUUCUACACCUACUCCAACCAUCGUGCGUCCAGGCUCGUUGCCACUCCACCUGGGCUAUGACCCGCUGCACCCCACGCUGCCUUCCCCAACCUCGGUCAUCACCCAGGCUCCCCCUUCCAACAGACAGCUUGGGUCUCCCACAGGUUCCCUUCCACUUGUCGUGCAGCUUGCAAACGGACAGACCAUGCCCGUCCUCCCAGGCCCUCCCGUACAGAUGCCUUCUGUUAUAUCGCUGGCUCGGCCGAUGUCCAUGGUGCCAAACAUUCCCGGUAUUCCUGGGCCACCCAUCAACAGCAGCGGCUCCAUUUCACCAUCAGGACUUCCAGUACACUCUGAAGCCAAAAUGAGGCUGAAGGCCAGCUUGACAGCAUCUUCCUCACUGAAUGGCAGCAACUUGGUGGUGGGUUCAGCCAGCACGAUGGUGACGGCGCGUCCGGAGCAGAGUCAGAUCCUUGUCCAGCACCCGGACGCCCCUUCCCCAGCUCAGCCACAGGUUUCCCCCGCCCAGCCCACCCCCAGCACGGGCGGGCGACGGAGGCGCACGGUUGACGAAGACCCAGACGAGCGCCGGCAGCGAUUCCUGGAGCGCAACCGGGCUGCGGCGUCGCGCUGUCGCCAGAAACGCAAACUCUGGGUGUCUUCCUUGGAGAAAAAAGCCGAGGAGCUCACGACCCAGAACAUCCAGCUGAGCAAUGAAGUUACGCUACUGAGGAACGAAGUUGCUCAACUUAAACAGCUCCUGCUGGCUCACAAGGACUGCCCCGUCACUGCACUACAGAAGAAGACACAGGGCUAUCUCGAAAGCCCAAAGGAGAGCUCGGAGCCCACCGGCUCCCCUGCUCCUGUCAUCCAGCACAGCUCCGUGACGGCCUCCCCCAACGGGCUCAGCGUCCGCUCGGCGGCCGAAGCGGUGGCCACCUCGGUGCUGACUCAGAUGGCCACUCAAAGGACAGAACUGAGCCUGCCCGUACCCUCACACGUCAUCAUGGCUCCACAGUCGCAGUCUGCUGGCAGAUGAUGUCGCACGGCGCAGACCACGUCACACAGCGCCUGGGCCGCGGAGCCGCCCCCCAACUCACAGCCGGAGAGACUGACCCGAACCGAGUCCCUGACGAGUGGGAGGCUGAUAAGGAUUUUUAUUUCUUUUUUUCUUUUUUUUUUUUUUUUUCCAAGUGAGUUAAGGGCAGCUACGGCGCUUCUCACCCAGCCUGUACAGACCCCGGCUCCCCGCCACCACCACCGCUGCCCCCACCAUGGCCCGGCCACGGAUCGGGCUCUUUUCUCCAUCUUGUGGUUGACAAUCUGUCAACUGGCAGAGUCACCCCAGCACGCAGAGUCUCACUUUGAAAAGCACCUUGAAAGGUUGGCUUUCAGGUAUCAGUUACAUUAACACUAAACCUCCAUGCUUGGUGGAUCCCCUUGGCGCUUUCACUCUUCCAAAUCCCCCCCUUCUCCCUCCUCCUCCUCCGCUCUCAGCAAAGGAAAACAUAGCUCUUGGGAGGCUGUGACAUUUAGUCGUGCUGUCAAUGUAUUUUAUUUUUAACAGCAUGCUGCUUCCAGGCAUCUGCUCCCCCCUCUGCUCUCGCUACCUGAAACAUUGCACCUUCGCACACGAAGCCUCCUUGAGCUCCGAGGUUAAAGGGAUCGAGCUCCGUCUCGUCACACACUUAACUCCCAGCAACAGAUUUUUUUGGAUGCGAUGGGAGUGUAAUCGCUGUAAAUGGGUUUGUGGGAGAGGGGGGGACGCGGGGCUGGGGGUAGGGGACACACACACACACACGUGUGUGUUCCUGGUGGCUUGGGCCGCGCCGUGGUUGCUGGAGAAAAGGGACCGACCGUGCCCACGGCGCCGGGGCUGCCUCCAUCCUCCUCCCAGUAACUUGGUGCUGAUCUGCCUCCGCUGGGACCGGCGCUGGGCGCCCCGGGAGGGCCACGAGAGGAUGAGCUGCUGGCCCAGCAGGCGACAAUAAUGUGAGUCCCAGAAUCCAUCAUCUGCUCCCAACUCCUCUGUACACCUCCGCAAACAAACCCCUCCAUUUCCAAGGAUCAUCUCCUUUACACGUAACCUCGACGACCUUAAUACUGGUGGCCUUAAAUCACGAAUUAGUUGCCUGUUCCAAGGGGAGGGAGCACGAAGUAGUGUUUCUGUUUGCCUGGGCUUUUACCUCUUCUUCGUAUCUUCCGCUCCCGGUGAUGGAGCAGCCGUUGCUUCCCAGCCAGAGCAAACAGAGGAUUCACAGAGCUUCCAGUUCCGUAGGGCAGGUUAAAAACCCAGCCUGGAUGUUGACAGAUGUUUGGAAUCGGGUCUGUUUUCUUGCCGGGCGGGCAGAGCACGUGCGUGUGUCUCUGUGUGAUUCCUGCAGCCCCCCCCCACCGGGGCGGGCGCCUGGAGUCGAUCGUUUGGAAACGGGAAGGGGCGUUGUGGGGGCUCUGAGCAGGAACCUCCUCGAACCCUGUGGAGCUGCGUCGGGCCUCGCUCUUCCUCGCCUUCUCGGGAGGUUCCCUCCUCACCUGAGCUCUCGCCCACCUCAGGUUGCACUCGCCACUUUUGAGCCAAGUUUGUUUGUCAAAGUGAUUUCGUUUGGCUUAUCCAGACUUGGAAGGUUUCCAGGGACAGCAAAACCCAAAGCAAAGUCUAAGCAAGAAACCUGCUCCCGUGACGGAUGGGGAAGUUCAGCAGUUUGUUGGGUUGGUUUUUUGUUUUUGUUUUUUUUUUUUAAAUGAAUGGGCUCUGUCUUCUCCCCCUCCCCUCUUUUUCAGGUUUUUCUCCGCCAUCUCGGCCGCGGUGCCGCCCGGGUUUGGUUUGUCUCCCCACGGUGCUCUGGUUUCUCUCACUCAUCUUCAGUCUCCUUGGGCGUGAGCAGGGUCACUUCUGGCCUCGGCAGUUUGCACUUCUGGUUCAGAUCCUGCGUAGCGCUCCCCCCCCCCAGGACCCGCCUUUUUUGUUUCUCUAAAGCUGUUUGGGCAGAGUCUCUGUGCAGGCAGAUGGGUUUUUGGCUCUUGCUGUCCCGUUUCAGAGAGAGCAGCUCUGGAAAGAGGACGCGGAGAGGGGGGGGGGUGUGUUUAUCACAUCUUAAAGCCACAUGACCGGGACUAAAAGGGUUUUUAUCCGGGUGAGGUGCAGCAGGGGGGGUGUCAGGGCCUUUCUGGGGGAUCUAAGGCAGAGGGUUUGAGGAGCUGCAAGAUCCAGCCUGGCUUUGCUUCCUCUCAUGGAGCUGCUGGUGGAUGGAGGUUGUGGAGCUGCGACGACGGGGAACGGCACCAAACCUUCCGCGUGCUCCAAAAAGGUGUAAAAAAACCACCCGUCCUGCAGCCAAGAGAUUUGCUCUGGUCUUCAAAUCUGCUCCGUUGGCUUCAGGGGGGCUUUGAAAUAAGUGUCUCGCUCUCUCUCCCUUUGUCUGGGAACAGCAGGAAUGACAAAAAUGUGUUGUAAACAUAUUUGCUUCAUCCCCCCGGCAGCCGUUGGGUCCCUGUCCCCUGGCGCAGGGAGCGAGCAGCAGCGCCGGCAGCAGCUCACCAGCUCCUCCUAGGCUCGCCCAGCGGGCGGCUGUCGAGGAAAAUGUUCGUUGGGAGAAGACAGAAAGGAAGGAUCGAGCUCUGGGCUCAUCCCUGGUUGGCGUCAGGGUGCGCGUGUGGGGGUGAGGCAGAGGCGAGGAGCAGCCGGUGGCUUUGCUGGCGCAGGGUGACAGCGGAGAGCCCCCAGAUUGGGGACGAUUUGAAGGCAGCAGCUUCGCCGAGUCUUUCUUUUUACCCUUAGGGACUCAAAGCCACCCAAUUCUGUGGGCCCGGAGAGCCGAGAGGGCCCAGCCUGCUGCGGACGAGGGGGACGAUGCCGAGAGCGAUUUUUCUCCCCAUCCCUCGGUGCUCCUGGUGCUGCCCCACUCCAGCACCCCCCCACCACCACCUCCUGCGAGUGCUUAGUGCCUUG